AGUUAACCGCAGUCGUCAUUCGCUUAGCGGCGAAGACGGUGUGUUCGAAGGAGCUGGACUCCACAAGGAACAAGUUAUUUGUAUUUAGAGGUAUAUGGAACCAUAAAUCACGCAUAUAUAUUUAUUAUUAAAAAAAUGGCAACGCAAGAGGAAAUCGGUAUUGGAGAUUUGGUCCUUUUGGAUGAAAUCACAUUGGAAAAAAUUGUGGAAAAUUUACGAGUUAGAUACAAUGGUGGAAAAAUUUAUACGUACAUUGGAGAAGUAUGUAUCAGCAUAAAUCCAUACAGAAGUGUAAAUAUAUAUGACAAUGAUUAUAUUAAUAAAUAUAAAGAUAGAGAAUUAUUUGAAAAUCCACCACAUAUUUUUGCAAUUGCUGAUGCAGUGCACAGAGAAAUGAAGCAACAACGUCGUGAUACUUGUAUUGUAAUUAGUGGGGAAUCUGGUUCUGGUAAAACAGAAGCAAGUAAAAUUAUUAUGAAAUAUAUUGCUGCAGUUACCAAUUUAAGUGGUCAACAAGAAAUAGAAAGAGUAAAAAAUAUUCUUAUACAAUCUAAUUCAAUACUGGAAGCUUUUGGAAAUGCAAAAACAAAUAGAAAUGAUAAUUCAUCUCGGUUUGGAAAAUACAUGGAUAUAGAUUUUAAUUUCAAAGGUGAUCCAAUUGGUGGUCAUGUUACUAACUAUUUAUUGGAAAAGUCAAGAGUUGUAUAUCAGCAAAAUGGUGAACGGAAUUUUCAUUGUUUCUACCAGUUAUUAAAUGGUUCCAGUGAAACAGAGUUAAAUAAAUUACGCCUAGUACGAGAUCCAGCUGCUUAUUUCUAUGUUUGUGCUGGAAAUUGUAAUAAAACCAAUGCAACUGAUAAAAGUGACUAUAAAACAGUUACUUCAGCUAUGUCUACUCUUGGAUUCACUCAAAAUGAAGUGCAGACGAUCUGGAAUAUCAUUGCUGGCAUAUUACAUUUGGGCAACAUUACUUUUAAACUUAUUGACGAUAAACUUUUCAUUGAAAAUAGAACUGCUUUAAACGAUACAGCAAAUUUAUUUUCUAUUAGUGUACAGGAAUUAAGUACAGCUCUUACACAAAGAGUUAUUGCAGCAGGUGGAGAAGUUAUGCAAAAAACUCAUACUUCAACAGAGGCAGAAUAUGGUAGAGAUGCCUUUGCUAAGGCUGUAUAUGAAAGGUUGUUUACUGAAAUUGUAUCUCGUGUUAAUAGUGCAAUUAAUGUAAAUGAUACAGAAGCUUAUAAAAGAUAUAGAACAGUAAUUGGAGUACUUGACAUAUAUGGUUUUGAAAUUUUUGAUAUAAAUAGUUUUGAACAAUUCUGUAUUAAUUACUGUAAUGAAAAGUUGCAACAAUUGUUCAUUGAAUUGGUAUUAAAACAAGAACAAGAAGAAUAUAAAAGGGAAGGUAUUGCAUGGCAAAAUAUUGAUUAUUUCAAUAAUCAAAUAAUUUGUGACUUAGUAGAACAACCUCAUAAAGGAAUGAUAGCAAUUAUGGAUGAAGCUUGCCUUAAUGUCGGCAAAGUCACAGAUGAAAUGGUUCUAGAAGCUAUGGAUCAAAAAUUACUUGAUCAUAAACAUUAUGCCUCUCGACAAUUGAAGCCAAUGGAUAAAGAACUUCAACAUAAAAUUCAAUUUAAGAUUAAGCAUUAUGCUGGAGAUGUAAUAUAUAAUAUUAAUGGCUUUUUAGAUAAAAAUAAAGAUACGUUAUUUCAGGAUUUUAAACGUUUACUUUAUAAAAGCAGUAAUCCAAUAGUUAGCAAAAUGUGGCCUGAAGGUGCACAAAACAUUCUAAAAACAACAAAAAGGCCUUUAACAGCUGGAACUCUUUUCCGUAAUUCCAUGAUAGCUCUGGUUAAGAACCUAACAAGCAAAGAACCAUUUUAUGUGAGGUGUAUAAAACCUAAUGAAGUUAAGUCACCAGUUGUAUUUGAUGAAGAAAGAGUAAAUCAUCAAGCACGAUAUUUAGGUCUUCUCGAAAAUGUAUUAGUUAGAAGAGCAGGUUUUGUGUAUCGUCAACGAUAUGACACAUUUUUAAAACGGUAUAAGAUGAUAUCUCAAUACACUUGGCCAAAUUUUAGAGGUGGUAGUGACAAAGAUGGUGUACGUACUUUAAUGGAUGAAAAAGGUUUUAGUAAUGAUGUAAAAUAUGGACAUACUAAAAUAUUUAUUCGUUCGCCACAAACACUUUUUGCAUUAGAAAAGGCACGUACCGAUUUGAUCCCGGGUAUUGUAAUAUUAUUACAAAAGCAAUGGAGAGGAUAUUUAUGCCGUCAAAAGUAUAAAAAGAUGAAAGCUGCCCUUAUUAUAAUGAAACAUUAUCAAAAAUAUAAAAUGUACACCUAUAUCAAGGAAUUAGAAAAAAUGUUUCAAAAUGCAAAAACAAUGCGGGAUUACGGCAAACAUUUAACUUGGCCUUGUGAAAAUUUUGCUGUGAGACACAUAAUAUUUGCUUUAAAAAUGAUGUAUGAAAGAUGGUGGGCAUGGAUGAUUCUCAGACUUAUCCCUAGAGAGGACUGGCCUCAACUACGACUGAAGAUGGCUGCGGGCAUAGUUUUGCGUUCAAAGCGACUUCAUUGGGGACAAGAUAGACGUUGGGAAGGGAAUUAUCUUUCCAAACCAGAUGAAAAUCCUCAAAGUGAUAUUUUUAAUUCUUCAAUAAAUAAUCUUCGCAAUACUGAUCAUUUUAAAGCAGUUUUAUUUAGUGCAUUUAUUAGAAAAACGAACAGAUUUAAUAAACCAAAGGAUCGUGUACUAGUAGUUACUGAACAUGCAAUAUACAAGCUUGAAAGUUCUAAAUUUAAAAAUAUGAAAAAAGGCAUGCCAAUAACGGAAAUAACAGGUUUAAGUGUAUCACCUGGGAAAGAUCAGCUUAUAACAAUUCAUUCAAAUCGAGGAAAUGAUUUUAUUAUGUCAAUCAUUGCUAAAGAUGAUAGAGUUGGAGAACUUGUUGGCAUUUUAAGUAAUAAAUAUAAUCAAUUACGUUCUGCUGAUCUACAAAUUACAGUGGAUGUAAAAUUUAAAUGUAUGCUAGGAAAUAAGAGUAAAGUAUUACGAGUAGAAGUACAUCCUGAAGUUCAUGAACCAACGUUUAAAAAAGAUGGUGAAAAUAUCAUAUAUGUCAUUCCGCCGUCAGUCGGUAUAAUUGAAGGAAGUGCUAAUACAAGGUUUAGAACCGCUAACUAAAAUAAUCCUUUCAACUGCCUUUCUAAUAUUUUAUCAUAAAUAUUAAGGUUAAAUUAUUAUAUAUACUAAUAAUGUUACUGCAAAAAUAUUUUUUGAAAAUAUCUUUUUAUAUAUUCAUACAUCUAUUAAUGUACAAAUAAUAUUAGGGAUAUUAAUAGGGUCGUAAGCUAAAAACAAGUGACAAUACAGUAAUUUAGUAACAUAAAGCAUUUUUAGUGCAAAUACGCGAGUAUUUUACGAGUAUUUUACUGUAUCAAAUAAGUAAUGGGAACAAAACUUCUUUAUGUAAAUACGUACAAAAUUAAAUCCAUUAAAAGUAGUGCAUUUCAAAUUGUAAGAAUUAAAUGCAUUAUUUAUGUGAAUAAGUUGUAAAUUUCUAAAUUGGAAUGAUACAUAGGUCUUAAGAGAAUUAACACAGUAUUGUUUUAAAAAGUAUCAUUCUUUGGUACAGUAGUCUUAAUACAUAUUUACCAAUGUGGCAUUUUACUUAAAAUAUUUUUGAAAAUAUAUUUUUACACCAUCGUUGAAUAUUUAUAUAUUAUGUGGAAAUUUAAUAAGAUUUAUAAAAAAUACAAUUUAUAUGUAUGUUAAAACUGAUAUAUAGAUUAAUCAAAAUUUUAACACUAUUAAGCAUAAAUAAUAGAUAGCAUAAUAAAAAAAUAAAUAUUAAUGAAAAAUUUGUCACAUAAUUAUUGUAUUGAAAAUUUUCUAAUUAUAUUAAUGUUGUGUUUUAAUAAUGCUGUACGAGUUGAGAUAAAAAAUGUAAUAUGAUAUAGCACAUCAUAAAAUGGUGCCAUUGUUAAAAAAUAAAUUUACAUUUUUACAUA